AUGGCCAACAACGACAAUGCUAUGGCCCGCUUCCUCUUUGCCAUCCUCCAGCAGAAGUGCCUGAAAGAUAUCGACUGGAAUAAGGUGGCUAACAGCCCGUACCUGACCCAAAAGAUAACCAACGGCCACGCUGCCCGUAUGCGAUAUUCCCGCUUUCGUGCUGCUAUCCUCGGCAUUGAGCCGCAGCGUCGCAACAAGAAUACAACUCCAGAUGAUAAGUCAAGGGUGACGAAGAAGAAAAAGACUGAUGUUGUGAAGCCGAAAAAGGAGGAUGAUGAGACAACCGGCGAGGCCAUCAUCAAGGCUGAGCCCACCACAGAUGUCAAGCCCAAGGUUAAGGUGGAAAUCAAACAGGAGUCUCAGCAGAAUGGCUUGCCUGCUCCUACAGCCCCGAUGAUGCCCAUUGCACCAAUGGUCAAACGCGAGUCUGUCCAUGGCCAGCCGGGUGCCUGCCCCGACAGACAGGCUCCAUCUUUUUCCAAUGUCAAGCAAGAGCAGGCUAUGAAUACUCUGACCAAUGCUAUUCAUGGUCAUCCUGGGAUGUGCGAACAGCCUAGCCCAUUUGAUCUGGUUACGUCAGCUCCUGCAGCGAUGACUGUCGCUGCUCUUGCUGAUGCUCAUACUUCCUUCAUACAGUCGCGCAUGACUCCCUGUGGAGAUGCCAGUAUGAUGGCGGCCGAUACCUCGGGCUUCAUGAUGGCUCCUCACAGCCCGCCUACGGCAAGCAACGACUUUGUUCAAACCCAGAACCAGCGUACCACGUAUCAUCACAACUCUAUUGCAGCCAUGGGUCCUGCAGUCGGUGUUGCGGGCAUGGCAUCUGGCGCCGGUACAAUGGGCAAUAAUGCUGGUGCUGGUCCUACUCCUCCACCCUCAACAGCCAGCUCGCCAUUCGAGUUUCCUUUGCAGGACUUUAGCUUGGGCAAUGGCGGUUCAUCGCUGCCAGCAUCACCCUGGCAGUCUCAUAGGCAGCCGCCGCAGCAGAACACUGCCCAGGCUGUCGGACAGCAGCACAUGUAUCCCCAAGCUCACGGCCACCUCCAUCCUCAACACUUCCAAGUCCAUCAGCUGCAAAACGUGACACACGGAGCGCAUGUUCAUCUGACCCAGCAGCAUACUCAGAUGCAGCACAAUCAGAUGCAGCCCGCGGUGCAAGGCACUCUGACCUUUACAGGCCUUCCCUCACAGACCAUGUUCCCUCCUAUCCCCCGUACCACUAGCACCUAUGCGAUGGAGAACGCAAACAACUUCGCGACCUUCUACCACCAGCACCACCUCACUCAUCAACCUCAAUCUCACCACAACAACAUGAGCGUUGCACAUCAACCCCAGGUCCAACAACUCCAACAACCGACCCAAAUGGAACCCGUCUUCCCCUCGCCGACCCCGGUCCCCGACGAUCCGACCGCCAGCACGACCACAGCCUUCCAACUCACCUCCCAACUCCAAGGCAAGCCUGACCGUGCCCCCUCCCAGCCCGAGGCUCCAUCCGCCCGUACGACCCCUCCGACCACACCUAACAUGGACUCUAACAACAACACGCCCACAACUAUGGCGAGCGUCAGUCCUAAUGGGUCCACCACGACAGCGAUGACGGCUCCAUCCUCAGUCUCUCCUGCCUCGCAGCACUCGGCUUGUUUCUCGCCUGCGACAUCUCCUGAGAAUGGAGCGAGCUCGGUUGUUGGCGGAGGUAUGAAUGGGGGAAAGGAGGGGUCGGUGGUGAGGAGUCCGGGUCCGGUUGUUGGGGAGCGGAUUGGUCAGGCUCAGGGGCAGGGACAACAGGGUCAAGUUGGGUCGUCAGGUGAAAAUGGGGGGCAGUAA